UUUCAUUUUCUGAAUGUUGAGAGAGGAGAGAGAGUCGAUAAAGAAGUAAACUUUGAAGGUUUUUUUUUUGUUCAAGUAGAGUGCUCUGUUUUUACUCUACUCUGCAAUGCGCAAUCAAAGUUGAAGAAAACCCAUUUCAAGAAAAGAGGUAUCUUACCUCGACAUACCUAAACAGCUCUUUUGUUAUUCAUAGAAAUUAUGGAGGUUAGUAGCAGCCAAAACAGCGGUAGUGUACUGUGGUUCUUUAAGGACAAAGGAUUUGAUGACAAAAACAUCCAUGAUAUGUUUAAAAGGUGCAAGCGGCUCGAGGGCUUGCAAAGGGAGAAAGCUUCACAAAACUGGGCUUAUUUAAGAAGCAUUGGUAUUCAAGAGAGGAAACUUCCAUCAGUUGUACUCAAAUGCCCCAAAAUCCUUACAUUCAGUGUGGAUGAGACACUUGAACCUAUGGUUCAGUGCCUCAAAACACUUGCUACAAAGCCAGAGGAGGUUGUGACAGCUAUAAUCAAAUUUCCUUAUAUCUUCUCUCACAGUACAGAAGGAAAGCUGUGUCCUUUAUUGGGGUUCUUUGAGGCCCUUGGGAUUCCCGAAAAACAACUUGGUAAAAUGUUAUUGGUGAACCCUAGAAUAGUAAGCUACAGCAUAGAACCGAAGCUAACUCAAUUUGUUGAUUUUCUUACCAAGCUUGGGCUAGCUGAAGAGGGGAUGAUUGGUAAAAUUUUGGUGAAGAACCCAUUUAUAAUGGGUUACAAUGUUGAGAAGAGGCUGCGACCUACAGCAGAGUUUCUAAAGACAGUUGGUCUGACGAAAACAGAUCUUCAGAAGGUCGCUGUAAAUUACCCCGAGGUUCUGUGUCGUGAUGUUAACAAAGUUCUUAAACCAAAUUUUGAUUAUUUGAGGAGCUAUGGGUUUGGUGACUCGCAAAUAGCAGCUUUGGUAUCUGGUUACCCCCCUGUACUGAUCAAAAGCGUCAAGAACUCUUUGGAGCCAAAACUGAAAUUUCUUGUCCAAGUAAUGGGAAGAAGCAUUCAGGAUGUUGUGGAUUAUCCCGACUUCUUUCGACAUGGUUUAAAGAAGAGCUUGGAGUUGAGGCAAAAAGUAUUGUCUCAGAAGAAUAUUGAUUGUAGCUUGAAUGAGAUGUUGUACUACAAUCGAAAGAAGUUCUGUUUGAAAUAUGGUUCAACCUAGGAAAUCUGCUAGCGCUGCAACCUUUUGUUCACUCCCAGUUCCUCAUUUUCUGUAAUCUAUUUCCGUUAUUUGUAGUUAUAGACUUUUUUCAUGAGGCAUAAUAUAGAUAUCGUUUGGUAGUACAGUUCUGCAAUUGUGCUCACUCGAAAAAAAAAAUGUGCACAUAUUGCUAGCAUGAUCAAACAUUAUUUAUUUAUGUAUGUUCUUCAAUCUUCUAUAUUGAGGAAAGUAUAAUGGAGCUUUGUCAAUGUUA